UCUCGUGCUUUCUUGUUUGUCUUGUGCUCUUGUCGAGUUUAAACAAACUGAAUUCAGACUAUCACAUUUAAUACAUUGCUGAAGAAUAAAACUAAUAUAAUGUUUUAGUAAUUUCCGAAGUGGUUAAACGCUUUUUUUCCGGUUAGCUUCCGGUUUCCACGUCUCCCAUUUGGCUUUAGCACGUUUACGUUUGCAGCUAUUUCUGCAAGAAUUCAGACACUUUUAUAACUUCUUUAGCGUUUGAGAGAAUAAACAAACGAUCAACAUAUCUCCUAUUACUUAUCUACUGAUUACUAUUACUUAUUCAGUCAGUUCUGAGUCUUUACUCGACGUCUGUGGUGGUAUUGCAGCACACAGGGGUGUAAAUAUGUGUGUUUGCAGACACUGAAGAUGGACAGAGAUUUACUCCGACAGUCUGUGUCGUUUCACGGGGAAAACCUGCUGUCGCUGUUGAAAUGUGAACAGAAUGAAAACCCAGACUUUAAACAUUUGGCCUCUGAUCUCUACAAAAGCCUUAACCAAAGGGAUAAAGAUGAGCAAAGUCCCGUUCUGGAGCAGUUUAUAGCAAGGAAAGCCGAUCUUCUGUUCGCGCCGUCAUGGAAAAUCUCAGAACCAGCAGACGAAUGGCAGGAAGAGUCAGGAGAGGCGUUUGCCGUCAUGCCUCCGCUGGAGCAGUUCAUGGAGGUGUCGUUCGAGGAGAGACGCGAGCUCUUCUACCGAGAUGUGGAGCGCGGAGACAUGGUCAUCGGCAGAAUCAAUUCAGUGCGAGACUUCGGCUUAUUCGUGACGCUGCUCUGCACCGCUGGUGGACUGAAGAGAGACAUUGAGGAUCUUGAGAUCAAGGCCCUCUGUCCAAAAAGAGAAGUGCCUUCAACCGGAAACCACGAUGAUCCUUUGUCGUAUUACCAGAUCGGGGAUUUAAUCAGAGCUGGAGUGAAAGACAUCGACCGCUACCAUGAGAAGUUAACCUUGUCUCUGCACUCGUCCUCUGUGUCUCCGCACAUGGAGAAAGUCAAGCUGGGCGUGCUGAACAAAGAAGAUCUGCCUCUUCACUACACUCGAGGUGAAAUCGUUUCCUCUGACAGCAACGAGACCUUCGAGAAGCUCCUGGACGAUUCACUGGGUUUGUCGAACCCGUUAAACGUGGAUUUCCUUCUGGGCAAACUGGGAAUCAGUGACACACAGACUCCUUCACUCAUGAGGGGUUUGCAGAGUAAGCGCUUUAAAGAGGAGGAUUUUGCUACGACUAUCAGAAAGAAGCAGUCUGUUUCCUGGGCCUUAAAAUGUGUUAAAACCGGCGUGGGUCAUUUUAAGUCUGGCCGUCAUGUAGAUGCGAUGAACGAGUACAACAAGGCUUUGGAGAUCGACACCAACAACGUGGAGGCUCUGGUGGCCCGCGGAGCUCUAUACGCCACCAAAGGCAGUCUGGUGAAGGCGAUUGAGGACUUUGAGCUGGCUCUGGAGAACUGCCCCACACACAGAAACGCUAAGAAAUACCUGUGCCAGACGCUGGUGGAGCGCGGAGGACAAGUUGAGGAAGAAGAGAAGCUAGUGACGGCAGAGAGUCUCUAUAAAAGAGCCCUGGUUUUAGACGACACGUUUAAAGAGGCGGCAGAGGUUCUGGAGAAACUGCAGAUCCGCAUCCAGAAAUCACUUAAAUUGAAAGAGCUGGAAGCUGCGAAAGAGCAGGAAAAAGCUAAGACCGCGGAGACGAGUGCUGAGAAAUUGCGUAAGAUCCUAAAAGAGGAGAAAAGAAUGAAGAAAAAGCGAAAGCGUUCGACCUCCUCCUCCACAUCCUCAGACUCGUCUUCCUCCUCAUCGAGCGACAGCUCUCCGUCAACCAGUCGCAAAAAAUCCAAAAAGCGCAAGCACAAGCGCAGACGCUCGUCCCGCAGCAGCAAAAAACACAAGCGGCGAGUUUCCUCCUGCAGCGAUAAAACAGCAGAGGACGAUAGAGACUGGUUUCCGGCUCCUGCAAACACCUCAGCCUCAUACAUCAACCAGAAUCAGUCGAUCAGUAAACUAAUGAGCGAAUCGGAGCCGGUUUGGGGGGCUGAAAGCAGAGGUAGGUUUGAAGAGGAUCUGGAGAGAGGUUCAGAUCAAGUCAAACCUGCGGGAUUCAGAUCUGGAGUCAAUGGGGAGCCAUUGAAAGUGAACGAAAGAGUUGGAAACCGUAGAGAUUCAUCCUCCUCGACUCAGUCCGAAUAUUCACACAAGUCUGAGCGCCACUCUGAGUUUUCAGGCAGAAAUCCGAGUCGGUCAGAGCGAGCCGGGAAUGAUGGAGGGAAAACCAACAGCGCAAACACGAAGAAAGAUCUUCCUUUAAACCUGCUGGACAUCUUCAGUCAGAUCGCAGAGUUUCAGAAGGACAAAAAGCAGAAGAAGUGAAAGCAAUAGAUGUGUGUUGCGUUCAGUUUGGAGGAGUGAACUAGUUUUCAUGACUGGUACUAACAGGGUUAAAGGGAUAGUUCACGAAAAACUGAAUUUUGCCAUUAUUUGCUCUUGCUUUAAAUUAGUUUGAGUUUUUUGUUGAACACAAAAGAAGAUAUUUUGAAGAAUGUUGGAAACCU